AUGGAGCUCGCCGUCGGCACGCCGCCGGUGACCGUCCAGGCCCUUUUCGGCAUCAGCGAUCUGUGCUGGGUGGAGUGCACCCCAUGCAGCGGCUGCAACAACAACGCCGCGCCGCCGGCGGGGGCGCGGCUGUACGACCGGGUCCGCACGACGUGCAGCGACACCGAGUGCGGGUACCGGUACGUGUACGGCGCCACCGACACCGACCGCAACUACGUCAAAGGGAUACUGGGCACCGAGACCAUCAAGUUCGGCAGCAACGAUGCAGCUACCGUGCAGAGCUUCACUUUCGGGUGCACCAACACGGUCUACCGCAAUGAUUUGUUUGACGGGAACACAGGUGUAGUUGGGCUGGGUAGAAGCAAACUGUCGCUGGUGGGCCAGCUGGGCUUGGACCGCUUCUCCUACUGCCUCGCGUCGAACCCUAACGUUGCCAGCCCUGUGCUGUUCGGGUCCACGGCCAGCAUGGACGGGAAUGGCGUUUCAUCCACCCCUCUCCUACCCGACGACGCCAAUUACUACGUCAACCUGCUCGGCAUCUCCACGCGCGGCGUCGCCUUCCAGAUCGGCGCGCCGGCGACCCUGCUGGUCGAGCCGGCCUACACCGCCGUCGUGGAGGCGUUCAGGGCGCGGAUGUCUCGGACGUACGAGGCCGUCAACGGGAGCGGCCUCCUGUGCUUCCUCGUCGACGACGCGAGCAAGAACGUCGUCACCGUGCCCACGAUGACGAUGCACUUCGACGGCAUGGACAUGGAGCUGCUGUUCGGUAACUACUUCGCCUACACCGGUAAGCAGAGCGGCGGCGGCGGCGGCGACGUGCUGUGCCUGAUGAUCGGCAAGUCGAGCACCGGCUCGCGCAUCGGGAACUACUUGCAGAUGGACUUCCACGUGCUGUACGAGCUCAAGAACUCCGUGCUGUCCGUGCAGCCCGCGGAUUGCGGCAAGAUCUGA